AUGGCAACAUUUUAAGAGAGGUUCAAGGGGAAAACAUCAGUGAUGGGUAAAAAUGGAUUAGAAUCUGUAUUGAAUUCAUGUCAAUAGCCCAUCAAGAAGGAACUUGAUUAUCAAAAUAGGCCACCUCCUCCAAUGUAUUAGCCCCUCUAACAACAAACAAAUAUUUAAAUAUCUCCAACAAAAAUUUAAUACAGCAAUCAUACAAAAAAUCAAACCCUAUUUUAGUAUAACCCCUAUAAUGGGGAACAAUAAAUAUUGGACUCUCUUCAAUACUUAAGUCAAUAAUACUACUUUUAGCCAAAGGCCAGCUAUCAAGUAACUACAGAACCACAGAAGAAAGAAGACAAUCGAUCAAAAUCAGCUAAAUAAAAAGUGGAGUCAGCAGAUGAAACAAAACGCUACAAGCCAUACACUAUACAGGAUUAUGAAAUUAUGAAGAAGACUGCAAAUGCAAAAUUGGGAGGCUUGGGUCCAAAUCUGAGUGGAGAGGAAUGGGCAAAAGAAAGAGAAAAGGUAUUAAAGCGUUAAGAAUUUGCAGAAUAAGUUAGAUAAUUCAAUACAACCAACAUUGUAAGUACAAGAAUAAAAGAGCCUAAGUAAUCUGAACCUAAUGCAAGAACUAAAGCUAUGGAUUUUGCUAGAAAUAUCCCUAAACCCUAAACAAGGAAAAAAGAUGAAUAGCCUUUUAGAAGUACUCCAAAUAAACCUUCAGAUAACAAUAAUGUUAGCAAAGAUCCUUUUGAUGAUGAAAUUGCUCGUCUUGAGAAAGAACACUUAAAAUAUUUGAACUAAUUGGAUAAAAUGAAAUGA